GGAGGACGCGGAGCCCCCUUUCCGUGACUCCCGCUCGCUCUCAGCGCGGCGAUGGGUUAGGCGGACUGUCUCCAGCAGCCGAGCGCGGCAGCGGCGGCGAGGCCCGCACAGGAGCACCUGCAGCAGGAGGCGGCGGCGGCCGUCAGCGGCGCCCCACUCCCAGCCCCGGACCUCGGCGUGGAAUUAUGAGCCGGCUACAGCUGCCGGCGGCUGGGGCUCGCGUGCACCCUACGGGCUUUGCCCCGGCUCUGCGCUCUUGGGCGGCAGGGCUCCUGUCACACACACCCCGCUUCUUCCCCUGCAACCGGCCUCCUGCCCCUGGCGUCCCUGCAGCCGCUGGUUUCCGGGCUCAGACUCUUCCUCUGGCGCCGGGGUUAGCGUAAUCUGGCCUCGCUCCUUCUCCCGGGGUCAAUCCCGUCCCCCCGCUCUCUGUCUGGCCACCCCCUCGCUGCCCAUCCCCUCAGGUCUCCGCCCGUUCCGCUGCCCCCCCCCUAGAGUCCCUGCCCCACCCCCUCUUCAUUCUGCUUCAGCCCCCUUCCCGCGCGUCACUCUCCUUCCCCCUCCCCCCGCGGCUCCCCUCACGAGUGGGCAGAGUGUGUGUGUGAGGCCGGGCUUCCCCGGUCAGCCCCCUCCCCGGGGCGCUGUUGAUUCAUCAGGCUGCCCAUUGAUCCGCGUGCAUUGACUUGUAUGUAUCGCUCCCCGCGCCGGCGGCUGCUGCUCCUGCCGCUGCCGCCCGAGCGAGCCCCGUGUCUCCCGUCGCGUGGCUGAGCUCCACCAAACAUGUCGGCUCCUGUCGGGCCGCGGAGCGGCCCUGCUCCUCCUCAGCCUCCUCCACCUCAGGCCCCGCAGUCGGAGAUGCCCGACCUCAGCCACCUCACGGAGGAAGAGAGGAAGAUCAUCCUGGCCGUCAUGGAGCGGCAGAAGAAGGAGGAAGAGAAGGAGCAGUCCGUGCUCAAGUGGUUUCCCUUUAGUGGGAUCACUGAGCUGGUAAAUAACGUUCUUCAGCCACAGCAAAAACAACAAAAUGAAAAGGAGCCCCAGACGAAAUUGCAUCAACAAUUUGAAAUGUAUAAGGAGCAGGUGAAGAAGAUGGGUGAAGAAUCACAGCAGCAGCAGGAGCAGAAGAGCGAUGCCCCCACCUGUGGUAUCUGCCACAAAACAAAAUUUGCUGAUGGCUGUGGCCAUAACUGUUCAUAUUGCCAAACUAAAUUCUGUGCUCGUUGCGGAGGAAGAGUGUCUUUACGCUCAAAUAAGGAGGACAAAGUGGUAAUGUGGGUAUGUAACUUGUGCCGAAAACAACAAGAAAUCCUCACAAAAUCAGGAGCCUGGUUCUACAACAGUGGAUCAAAUACACCACAGCAGCCUGAUCAAGAACGUAUUAGAGGGUUGCGGAACGAGGAAGCACCUCAGGAGAAAAAAGCAAAGCUGCAGGAACAGUCCCAGUACCAAGGACCCUCAGGUGACAUAUCAACACCAGCUUUGGACAAAAGUAGAUCUCAAGUGCUCACAAGACAAGACUCAAUUAAAAAUGGUUCAGGAGUGAAGCACCAGGUUGCAAGUGACACAACUUCAGACAGGAAAAGAAGCCCAUCAGUAUCGAGAGAUCAGAAUAGAAGAUACGACCAAAGGGACGAGAGAGACGAAUAUUCACAGCAUGCUACAUCAGACAGUGCAAUGCCAAGGUCACCAUCAGAUUAUACAGAUAGGCGAUCACAGCGUGGGUCUCAGCUGUACAAAGAACCUGAACUUGGUGACUACAGAGAUUCUAACAGAAGAAGUCGCAGACGUUCCAAAGAGUAUUCUGUAGAGGAAGAUGAGGUGCAGAACAGAGAGGAAUAUGAGAGGCAGAGGCGAGAAGAGGAGUACCAGGCACGAUACCGAAGUGAUCCUAAUUUGGCUCGUUAUCCUGUCAAACCACAACCAUAUGAGGAACAAAUGCGUAUCCAUGCUGAAGUAUCCCGAGCACGCCAUGAACGAAGACACAGUGAUGUCUCGUUGGCAAACACUGAACUGGAGGAGUCCCGGAUAUCUAUGCUGAGGAUGGAACGACCGUCAAGGCAAAGAUCUAUAUCUGAGCGCAGAGCUGCCAUGGAAAACCAACGUUCAUAUUCUGUGGAAAGAACUCGAGAGGCUCAGGGACCAAGUCCCAACCGUCCGAGGACAACAAAUCAUAGCCCUCCAACACCUAGGAGGAGUCCAAUUCCUCUUGAUAGGCCAGACAUGAGGCGCACUGAUUCAUUAAGGAAACAGCACCAUUUGGAUCCCAGUUCUGCUGUACGGAAAACAAAACGUGAAAAAAUGGAAACCAUGUUAAGGAAUGAUUCACUCAGCUCAGAUCAAUCUGAGUCAGUCAGACCUCCACCACCAAAGCCACACAAAACAAAAAAGGGAGGUAAAAUGCGUCAGGUUUCAUUGAGCAGCUCAGAAGAAGAAUUGGCUUCUACUCCAGAAUAUACCAGCUGUGAUGAUGUAGAGAUUGAAAGUGAAAGUGUUAGUGAAAAAGGAGACAUGGAUUACAACUGGGUGGACCAUACGUCUUGGCAUAGCAGUGAGGCAUCCCCAAUGUCUUUGCAUCCUGUGACCUGGCAACCUUCCAAAGAUGGAGACCGUCUAAUUGGACGGAUUUUAUUAAAUAAACGACUAAAAGAUGGAAGCGUGCCUAGAGAUUCGGGAGCAGUGCUUGGACUGAAGGUUGUAGGAGGAAAGAUGACUGAAACUGGUCGGCUAUGUGCAUUUAUCACCAAAGUAAAAAAAGGAAGUUUAGCUGAUACAGUGGGACAUCUUAGACCAGGCGAUGAAGUGUUAGAAUGGAAUGGAAGGCUAUUGCAAGGAGCCACCUUUGAGGAGGUAUAUAACAUCAUUUUAGAAUCCAAGCCUGAGCCACAAGUGGAGCUUGUCGUUUCAAGGCCGAUUGGGGAUAUUCCCAGAAUACCUGACAGUACACAUGCACAACUGGAGUCCAGUUCUAGUUCAUUUGAAUCUCAAAAAAUGGACCGACCAUCUAUUUCAGUGACUUCUCCCAUGAGUCCUGGCAUGUUGAGGGAUGUUCCACAGUUCUUGUCUGGACAACUUUCAAGCCAAAGCCUUAGUAGAAGAACAACGCCUUUUGUUCCUAGGGUUCAGAUAAAGCUGUGGUAUGACAAGGUUGGUCAUCAGUUGAUAGUCACAAUAUUGGGAGCAAAGGAUCUUCCUUCAAGGGAAGAUGGGAGGCCAAGGAAUCCUUAUGUUAAAAUUUACUUUCUUCCAGACAGAAGUGAUAAAAACAAAAGAAGAACAAAAACAGUAAAGAAAACAUUGGAACCCAAAUGGAACCAAACAUUCAUUUAUUCUCCGGUUCAUCGGAGAGAAUUUCGAGAACGAAUGUUGGAGAUUACUCUUUGGGACCAAGCACGAGUUCGUGAGGAAGAAAGUGAAUUUUUAGGAGAGAUUCUUAUUGAGCUAGAGACAGCACUAUUAGAUGAUGAACCUCACUGGUACAAACUUCAGACACAUGAUGUUUCCUCAUUGCCACUUCCCCAUCCCUCGCCAUAUUUGCCACGCAGACAGCUACAUGGUGAAAGCCCUACACGGAGGUUACAAAAUAAAGGCUUAUAUUCAUAUAAUUCAGGGUCCAAAAGAAUCAGUGAUAGUGAAGUCUCUGACUAUGACUGUGAUGAUGGAAUUGGUGUAGUUUCAGAUUACCGACAUAAUGGAAGAGAUCUUCAGAGUUCAACGUUAUCAGUGCCAGAACAAGUGAUGUCAUCCAAUCACUGCUCUCGGUCAGGGUCCCCUCACCGUACAGAUAGUAUAGGACGGACUAGAUCUUGGUCUCCCAGUGUCCCUCCUCCACAAAGUAGGAAUGUGGAACAGGGACCCCGAGGGACUCGAUCUACUGCUGCACAUUAUAAUACCAUGAACCGAAUGGAUAGACAUCGUGCAAUAGAUGACCACUACUCCCUAGACAGAGAGAGUCAUUGUCUCACACUACCUCGCUCUCGAUAUACUCAGUCCUUUGACCACCACCACAGAGAUGCCAGCAAGGAUCACAAAAUGUAUCCUCUCUUUUGUGAAGAUGCAAUCAGAUUACUCCGUUCCCGUAAGAUGUGUCGUACUUAUUCUGAGGGUGCUUACUGUGAUCUUGAGAGGAGGACUAGGCAGGAGAGAAGAGUGCCUAAUACAUAUUAUGACGACACUACCCAUACUCCUGAAAGGUGGUACAAUGGUGCAAGUUCAUGGGCAGAUCAUGUAGUCAAUGGUUCAGCUGAAAACUAUGGAAGCGAGACAGUGGAUGUUUUGGCUGAUCAAGCUUCCCAUUCAGAAACAGAAUUGAUAGAGCCAGAAGAAGACAUGAGGAAUUGUGAAGCACCAGAUAGACAGCCAUAUCAAAGAUCCAGAUCAACAGAACAGCGUCCUGUGCUAGAGCGGACCAACUCCCGCUCCCGAUCCACAGAGCGUCCUGACUCAAACCUCAUGAGGUCGAUGCCUUCAUUAAUGACUGGAAGAUCUGCCCCUCCUUCACCUGCCUUAUCGAGGUCACAUCCUCGAACUGGGUCUGUCCAAACAAGCCCAUCAAGUACUCCAGUAGCAGGACGAAGGGGCAGGCAGUUACCGCAGCUCCCACCAAAGGGGACAUUGGAAAGAAAAGGAGAUGAAGAAAACAAGCAUUUUGGAGAGCAGGGGUCAGAGGUUGAGGCAGAAGUUACAUGGGAGGACCAGCAGAAAAAGGUGAAUGGUACAAUAACUGAUGACAAACCAUUGCCGAAAAAGAAACACCAUUCUGAGCCAGAAGAAAAGAAAGCAGAUCCAGAGAAUGGGAAUGCAGGUGGUAUGGAUGUAGAAGAAAGAAAUCGUCAAAUGAAAAUAAGCAAGUACAAACAGGCAGCAGGAUCAGACUCCAGGCUGGAGCAAGAUUAUCAUUCUAAGUAUCGGUCAGGACGGGAUCCUCAGCGAGGCUCAGACAAUAUUUCCAAUAAAUCUUCAGACAGUGAUGUCAGUGAUGUGUCAGCAGUAUCAAGGACAAGCAGCGCUUCUCGUUUCAGCAGCACAAGCUACAUGUCUGUCCAAUCAGAACGACUGAGAGGGAACAAGAAAAUAAGAAGGUCAAGGGAUAUAGAGGGAAAAAAAGAGGGGGGACAGGAAGGGGAUGAGCAUGAGGAGAUAUUUCCUGAGGAGGAGGAGGAGGAGGAGCAGGAGCUUGAGGAAAAAGUGAAGCAAGAACAAGUUAAUGAAAAGGGGGAAGAGCAAGAGGUGACAGAAAACUGUGAUAAGGAGGAAAGCAAAGAAUCAGGAGAUGAUGAAAAGAUCCAUGAUGAUCAAACUGAGGAAGGGAAAGAGAAAACACAGAGAAAAAAAGAGGAUUUACAAAGGCGAUUCUCACAAGAUGAUGUCAGCAGACAGAUGGGCGCCUCAGGAAAGAACAUGACUAAGAGCACCAGCAUCGGCGGGGACAUGUACACGCUAGAGAAGAAUGAUGGCAGCCAGUCUGACACAGCAGUGGGCACUGUGGGCACUAGUGGCAAAAAACGACGCUCCAGCAUCGGCGCAAAGAUGGUAGCGAUUGUGGGUCUGUCACGAAAAAGCCGCAGCACUUCUCAACUCAGCCAAACUGAAGCCGGUGGUAAGAAGCUGCGGAGCACUGUCCAGAGAAGCACAGAGACUGGGCUGGCUGUGGAAAUGAGAAACUGGAUGACACGUCAGGCCAGCCGGGAAUCUACAGAUGGCAGCAUGAACAGCUACAGUUCUGAGGGAAAUCUGAUCUUCCCAGGUGUGCGCUUGGCCUCUGACAGCCAAUUCAGUGAUUUUCUAGAUGGACUUGGCCCUGCCCAGCUAGUAGGACGCCAAACACUGGCGACACCAUCUAUGGGUGAUAUCCAGGUAGGAAUGAUGGACAAAAAAGGACAGUUGGAGGUAGAAAUAAUACGAGCUCGUGGCCUUGUUGUAAAACCAGGUUCAAAGACACUGCCAGCACCAUAUGUAAAGGUGUAUCUAUUAGAAAAUGGAGCCUGCAUAGCCAAAAAGAAAACAAAGGUAGCAAGAAAAACGCUUGAACCUCUUUAUCAGCAACUUUUGUCAUUUGAAGACAGCCCCCAAGGAAAAGUUUUACAGAUAAUUGUUUGGGGAGACUAUGGACGUAUGGAUCACAAAUCUUUUAUGGGAGUGGCACAGAUACUUUUAGAUGAACUGGACUUGUCAAAUAUGGUGAUUGGAUGGUUCAAACUUUUCCCCCCUUCCUCCUUAGUAGAUCCAACUUUGGCUCCUCUGACUAGAAGAGCUUCCCAGUCAUCUCUUGAAAGUUCAACAGGACCUUCUUAUGCUCGCUCAUAGCAGCUGUGAAACUGUUGUCAUAGCAACCAGCGUUACAAAAAAAAAUUACAGGUCGCAAACCCUGGUAACACUGCAUGCUUAAUGUUGUGUCUUCUGAGCCUGUUUCUAGGGCUACCAAGCGAUCCUGUGUUCUCAGAGGAAGUUGCACACAUUGUGCACUAAGGAAGGCCCUCAGGUGAAAGAGUGGAGCUGUAAAGAACUAACAGGUUUGGAGAUCAGUGACACUUAAAUUUUGGUCCAAUCUGAAGCCAUGGAUUAAACUAAAAGAAUCAAUGUGUUUCAUGCAACAAAAGUCCUUUUCAAUGGCAUAUCUAUUUUGUUGCUCCCUUUUAAUUGCCCCUACCCCAAGCCUGGUUAUGCCACAGAAAUGGAGCUACACUCCUCCCCUAUGAAGCCAUGUUACAAGUCAGUGGAAUAGUAGACAUCAGAAGAACAACAGAAGAAUGUAAGACCAUCGAAAAAGAAAAGUCAGCUGUCAUAUGGAACAAAGACCAGAGAAAACUGUUUGUACUAGAAUGCUUUAAAAGUUAUAGUGGCAGGCUUCAUAACUCCAGCUAUCGCUACAGUGAAACCCCAGAUAUGAAGGAGUCUUUGAAAAAUAAAAUUCUUUGGAUAAACUGUACUGUAUGAAAUUAAAGAAACUUUUUUGCAUGGACACAGAUUUAGCUGAACACUUAAAUUAUUUUCUUGGGGCUGCAACUUGCAAAAAAAGAAUAAAUCAGCCAUUUUCAACAAUUUAUAUUAUUUUUAAAAGUAAAUUUCACUAGUGCAUGGUUUUAAAGGGGAGAGAAUGCAACAGGGUGAUACAAAGACACCAUGUUUAUCAUUCUUUAAACCAAUCAUGAUCUGUGUUUUUGCAGACAGAUAUUAAAAAUAAAAGAUAAUUUCUAGCUAAUAUUUAAAAUUCUGUUUAUGUGACAAGAAAUAAGUGUAAUAUAUUAAAUUUAUUUAAAUGUAAAAGGUACAAGCCUUGUAAAGUUCAACAUUAUGUGCAAAUUGUACACUUCUUCCUCCUUUCUCUCUCUUCUGAAUCUUCCUUUGGCUCUUUUUCUCCCUCUUAUUUUCCAGGAUGAUCCAUUAUAUCCUAAAACUGCUACCUUUUGACUUAUUACUUGCUUAUGCCCCAUAUUUGGUUCAGAGUUGCAGAUUGUUUUGCAUUUCUGAAUUCUUGGUCAAAAAUAUUGUUUAAGAGCUUACUUUUUUCAAGCAUGUUGAAAAGGAUUUUGCAACAUGGCUUGGGAUUCAUUAAAGUAAUUCAGCAUGUAUUUGAUAAAGAAGAUAUUUGAACUUUUUGCAAUUAAUUGUACAGUGCAUGGUAACUUAUUUUCAUUUUUUUCUCACCUGCAAAUUGAAUUCUACAGCAAAAAUACUGGAAUAAUGUGGCCAUUGUAAUAUGUCUUCAAUAAAUUUGUUUUCAGCACCAGCAUCAUUCAUUCAAGGGUUGAACUAUAAUUUCUUGAAGGUUUUGGAGAGAGAAAAAAAAUGAACCAAAUGUUUGAUUUUUAGGAACUAAAUUUCAGCAGUUUCAUUUGCACUGAGACAAACAAAUUGCUACAUAUUUGGAGUCAUGAUAACCAACAAAGAUUAUUAAUUCUUCAUAACUCUUCUGCUGUAAAGUUCAGUUUUUCAUGGUCUAUAUUUGUGAUGGUAACAAUGUAAUUAGUGAACAUCGGUCUGCCAUAAAAAUGUCAAACUUUGAUUUGUAGUUGCCUUAAAGAAAGUAGAAGAUGUACCAUCGAACAGUUAUUUGACACCAUCAUCACAAGCCUAAAUGCAAAGUCAACAGAUUAUAAAAUAUCUGUCGCCAUGUAGUAGGCAUUUACUACCAUUGGGUGGGGCUGCAAGUCUAGAUUGCGCAUUCACUUCUCAUAUUUAAAGGGAAGGUAACUGGCUAACAUUUAAUGAUAAACUUUCUCUUUUUUUCUUGGUCUUUAUAUGCCUUUAAUACAUAAUUAUUAUUUAAUGGUGAAAACUUGCAAUAAUUUUAGAAAUACACAUUGCAUUUAACUUUAAAUUAAGGCCAUGCACACCGAAUUAUUCUGAUUUUGUUUGAAAAUCUAUUAAUGGUGCCCAUCAGAAAACUGUCCAUGUUUCAUAAAAGUAACAACAGUAUCACUUUAUAUGCCUUUUCCUUUAUGUGGUGCAAUAUGAUACACAUCAAGACUGUGUCUUGUCAUUCUGAGAUUAUAUGAUGGAUGAAUGUUAAGUUAAUGAACAGACCGGUAAAACUAUGUUUAUUGAAAUAAUUUAGACACCUGUGUACCAGCAACAAAUAAAUGCUAAAGACAUACAGUCUACGAUAUCCCCCAGAAUUAAAAAAAGUACAAAACUGUUUUCCUAAUACUAUCAGAUGCAGUCACACAUUCUUUUAUGCAUAUGCCUCUAUAAAUUAUUUCUAAUUUUGAAAAGGAGGAUACGACCAUAUGGAAGGAUUGUACAUACUUGCAUUAUGCAGUAUUUAUUUUAAAAUUUAAUGUAAUUUUUUUAAUUGUCACACAUCUGCAACUCUACUUAUGAUUUAGUCAUGUAAAUAGCACUAUUCCAGUGAUCACUGCUGUCUUGUACAUAGUACGUUUUAAAAGUUAAAGGGAAUUACAGUUGGGGAAAAAAGGGCAGAUUAGGCCUGUAAUGAACACCAACUAAUGUAAAUCAAAUUCAUUCUGGUGAUGGUAUUUAACACUUUAAAUAAAAUGUUUUCUUUACAGAA